GACAAGUGGAAUCUUACAAUUGAUGAAAGCACAGUUUCGCGUAUUUUAAAAACAAGUGAUCAACGAAUUGGAAAUGAAAUUGUUAAUUCGAAUGCAAAGCGUCACAGAACCACUACUUAUUCAGAACUUGAUCUUGCCCUUAAAGAGUUCGUGCUGAUUUAUCAGCAUCGAACUGUUUUAAGUGAUGCUUUGCUUAUCGAAAAAGCAAAAGCACUUGCUGAUAGUUUGGAAAUUCCUCAAGGAGCGCUAAACUUCUCCCCUGGCUGGCUUUAUAAAUUUAAAAGUCGAAAUGGUAUUCAUCUACGUAAACUUCAAGGAGAGGCUGCAUCUGCUGAUGAGGUAGCAAUUGAUGAAAUGUUGCCUUUGAUAAAAGAUAAGUGUGCGAAUUACCCUAUUGAAAGAAUUUACAACAUGGAUGAAACAGGUCUUUUCUAUCGGUUGGAACCUGAUAGGACAUUGGCAACUCAACGUCUUUCGGGACGUAAAAUAAGCAAAGAACGCCUCUCAAUUGCACUUUGUGCAAACGCGGAUGGCUCACAUAAAUUUAAUCCUCUUGUAAUUGGAAAAUACAAAAAACCGCGCUGCUUUAAAAAUAUCAAUAUCAGUAAUUUGUAUAUGACAUACAGAAAUAAUGCUAAGGCUUGGAUGAUUACUUCCCUCUUCCAGGAAUGGAUUAAAGAAUUUGAUCGCCAAGUCGGUCUUAAGUAUCAUGGUCAACGUGUGCUCUUACUUCUCGACAACUGCACUAAAAUCGAAAAUGGAAAGCGUGCAGAAAAUUUAAAAAUGAACGUGUUACAAGCUAUCCAUUUUCUUAUUCAAAGUUGGGAUGAAGUUAGCACCAGUACAAUUCGGAAUUGUUGGUCACACACGAAAAUUCUUCCUGCAGAUACCAGCUUCUAUUUAAAAAGUCCCUCAGAAGAUUUGCGUCGAACUGCAGAUCCUGUACUUAAUGAUAUUUUGAACGCACUUGAAACUCUCGACCUUCCAGAUCCUAUGCCAGUUGAAGAAUUUUUGGCAAUUCCCGAAGAAAACGUUGUUUAUGAAGUUCCUUCGGAUGACCAAGUUAUUACCGAUCUUGUUGAAACAUUUAGAGCUGAUGAACCAACAACCGUUGAAUUGGAAGAUAUAGAUGAUAGUCUUGAAAUUCCUAUAGUUAGUGCUAAUACGGCAAAUGUGAGUUUGGAAACCGUGCGUACAUUUUUGCUUCAGCAAAAUGAUGCAGAAGAAUAUGCUAAUGCUCUAAGAAAAGUAGAAAAAUUUAUUAAAAAAGUUAAAGCGACCCAA